AUGGUUGGAUUGCGUCUCGAGCCGUUCAAGUUGCAUUGGCGGACUAUUCGAUUGGUUCGACUCUUCCAUAUUGCGAAGCCAGUUGGGCUGAGCACAGAAAACCUCUCAGCGAAAGACCGACCCACGGCAGAAGUUAUAUCAACCUGCAUUAUCUCCUUCGGGAGAAGGGCGAACCACGCCAACCAUUCAAGCAAACGCCAACAUGGCAUGAAGAGGCGUAUCCUCUGCCCCCAACUGACUUGCGGCGCCAUGCCCUGUCCGCGUGGCAUCAACAAGGAACACCCUGGGUUUGUCCACGAGAACCAACAUUAUGUGCCUUAUUAUAGACGGGGAAAACCAAGUCACAGCCUCCAAGUUGGAAAAAAGGAAGCAGAGGUAAAGUAA